CCUGUGCAAGCAGAACUGAGAAAGUUCAUAGAUCUGAGGUUGCAGGAUGUCCCGUUAAGGAGUGAAAAAGGAAGAAAAAAAAACACCAGAGGACCAGAGGCACCACAAACUGACCUGCUGGACGGAUCGUAGUUCGGGGUGAACGACAUUUUUCCUCACUUCAGAUUAUUCAGAUUGUCUGGGGAAAAUGGAUUUACCGACGAUACUUAGUUGUCGUCGGAUUGUUCUCAGUUUGUUUUUGGCUCAGUUCGGUUUUCAAGCAAUCUUUGCAGCCCCGUCGCCUAUAAUCAGGUUUCCUGGCGACGACACUACACCCAAAACAGACAAAGAGGUUGCUUUGCACUAUUUGAAUAAAUUUUAUGGAUGCCCACAAGACAGAUGUAACCUCAUGGUGCUCAAGGACACGCUGAAGAAAAUGCAAAAGUUCUUUUCCCUGCAAGAAACUGGCGAAAUUGAUGCCAAAACUGUGGAAAUCAUGAAAAAGCCCCGCUGUGGCGUCCCAGAUGUGGCCAAUUACAACUUCUUCCACAGGAAACCCAAGUGGCAGAAGAAAGACAUCACCUACAGAAUUCUGGGAUACUCUCUGGAUUUGGACGAGGAGGUCAUAAAUGAUGCUUUCUUCCGAGCCUUCAAAGUGUGGAGUGAUGUUACGCCGCUCUCAUUCGCCCGCCUCAUGGACGGAGAGGCUGACAUCAUGAUUAAUUUUGGGCGCAAUGAGCACGGAGAUGGUUACCCCUUCGACGGCAAAGACGGCCUCUUGGCUCACGCUUUUGCUCCAGGGGCCGGAAUCGGAGGAGACUCCCAUUUUGAUGAUGAUGAGCAGUGGACACUGGGAGAUGGCCAAGUGGUGAAGGCGAAGUUUGGUAACGCCGAUGGAGAUUUCUGUAAAUUCCCCUUCCUGUUCAUGGGCACCGAAUACAACAGCUGUACAUCCCAAGGCCGCGACGAUGGCUUCCUGUGGUGCUCUACCACCUACAACUUUGACGAAGAUGGCAAAUAUGGAUUCUGUCCUCAUGAGUUGCUGUUCACCAUGGGGGGCAAUGCAGAGGGCACUCCAUGUAAGUUCCCCUUCACCUUUCAGGGGGACAAGUAUGAAGGAUGCACCACUGAGGGCAGGGAUGACGGUUACCGUUGGUGUGCCACUACCGAGGAUUACGACAGAGACAAGACCUUUGGGUUCUGCCCCGAAACUGCCUUGUCCACAGUGGGAGGAAACGCUGAUGGAAGCCCCUGUGUCUUCCCCUUCACCUUUCUGAGCAACACUUAUGAUUCCUGCACCUCAUCUGGACGCAGCGACGGCAAGAUGUGGUGUGCUACCACCAAGAGCUACGACGAUGACCGUAAAUGGGGUUUCUGUCCUGACCAAGGCUACAGUUUGUUCCUGGUGGCGGCCCAUGAGUUCGGCCAUGCCCUUGGCUUGGAGCACUCUCAGGACCCUGGAGCGUUGAUGGCCCCCGUUUACACCUUCACUAAAGACUUCAGACUUUCUCAUGACGACAUCAGCGGCAUCCAGGAUCUCUACGGUGUGUCCACAGACAAGCCUCUGCCUCCAACUCAAGGUCCAGUGACUCCAAUGGACAUCUGUAAGGAGCCGAUGGUCUUUGAUGCAGUGGCACAAAUCAGAGGAGAGACAUUCUUCUUCAAGGACAGGUUCCUGUUCAGGUCCGUAAACUUCCGAAGUAAGCCCAAAGGCCCCAUGCUAGUCGCAACCUACUGGUCCGACCUGCCCACCAAGAUAGACGCUGCCUAUGAAAACCCACUGGAGGAAAAAACUGUCUUCUUUGCAGGCAAUGAGAUGUGGGUCUACAAAGCGGAUGAGUUGGAGAGAGGUUACCCCAAGAGGCUGUCCAGCCUUGACCUUCCCACAGACUUGGAGCGGAUUGAUGCUGCUUUUAACUUUAGAAAGAACAGGAAGACUUAUCUUUUUGCCGGAGACAAAUUCUGGAGAUAUGAUGAAGAUACGAAGACAAUGGACGCUGGUUUCCCCAAACUUAUUGCUGACUCAUGGAAUGGCAUCCCUGAUGAGAUAGAUGCUGCCUUCAGUCUGAAUGGCAUUGAUUACAGCUACUUUUUCAAAGGCAACCACUAUUUCAAACUGGAAGACAGCAGCUUGAAGAUUGUCAAACUGGGUGAAAUCACAAAGGACUGGCUCGGCUGUUGAGCGUUUCAAGAAUUUCUUGCUUCUUCCUAAAUUUCUGUAACGUUGCCUGGCCUCAUGUGGACAUUGGCAUCACAUCAUACACAACUUGAGGUCCCUGCAGUGCACACUGUUGUAUGUUUUUAUCCUGUGUCUCUUUCAACCUGAAUAACCAGCCUCCAGCUUUGUAGAAAGGCACCUUGUGAACUUGUACACAGCCUGAACAUAUAGACAACUGGAUAUUUGCUACAUGACUGUUUGAUUUUGACAUUGAAUGCUGAUGCAGACUAUGUACCCCCCUGUUUUUUUGUUAGUUGUUUUUUUUUUAAACUCAGGCAUCAGGUAUGUCCACGCUGCUUUGAAUGCAGUGCUCUACUUUGCUGUAAGAUGUUGCUGUUUUAUGCAAAUUAGAUGAUUGAAAAAAAAGACUGUUUUACACCAUAUGAGGAAUUCAUGUUGGCUUAGAGUCACUUCUAAGUCCAGUGUACAGUGUAUAUCUUUUAAUUAAUUUUCUCAUUGUUGAGCAAUACAUUUGAAAAAAUGAAUUUGCACAAUGUGUCUGACCGAAAAUGGUGCUUUAGACUUUGCUUUUACAUAUAGUCCUAAAUAUAUUCACGUAUACACAACUUAUAUUCAUUGUAACUAUGUCUGAUGGGACUACUUAGUAUCCUCUGAAUAUCAGAAGGUAGUAUUCGCAGGCAUUACUUUUAAUUUGGUUAGCACUUUUUUAAAGGACUAUGUAAGGUAAAUAAAGAAUAUGGAGACCAGAUUGUUGUCAUGGCAACUCCAUGUUGCAUGUCUCUUCACUAAUGGUACAGAAAGAAUUAAAGGCACAGGUUGCCUCUUGUGGCUGUAUAAGUUUGCUCCAUGAUGGAUUCAUGACAAGAAUACUGCAGUGAUAUUGUUAAAUAAUCUUUUACAUUGUCUUCCCUGGGUUUAAGCAAUACAGUAAUGGUGUUUCGUGUUGUUUUAAAUGCUUGUGCACUUUGUUAUUGUCAACAAUAAAGAUGAAAGAUGGUCAAUGUAA